AUCUCCUUACCCCUUAUAAUUAGGGUUUUAGGGUCACCCUUUUGCAGCUACCUUUAUCAGAAUCCAGAGUAAAAGCUUCAGCUCCAAACCGGAAAAGAUGGUGAAGGGACGCCAAGGAGAGCGAGUCAGACUCUAUGUAAGAGGAACCAUCUUGGGUUACAAGAGGUCAAAGUCGAACCAGUACCCGAACACUUCACUUAUCCAGAUCGAGGGGGUCAACACAAAGGAGGAAGUGGCUUGGUAUGCCGGCAAGCGAAUGGCUUAUAUUUACAAGGCCAAGGUGAAGAAGAAUGGCUCACAAUAUCGUUGCAUUUGGGGCAAGGUAGCCAGACCUCAUGGGAACAGUGGUGUUGUUCGUGCUAAGUUCAAGUCCAACCUUCCCCCAAAAUCAUGGGAGAUAGAGUCAGAGUCUUCAUGUACCCCAGCAACAUUUGAGUUGUCUAUAGAUGUUUGACGGCAUGCAGCUGACGACCCAAGUGACUCUUGCAUUUCUCCGGGUUUUACAAAACUGUCAAAAUGUCUGUGUUUUCGAACAGUUGUUUCGUUUCGGUAGAU